AUGGAUGAAAAUUUCAUUUGUUCAAAUUCUGAAGCAUGUCUUCAUUUUAUUUAUUCGAAAUUUGAUUAUUAUAAAAAAAUUCUUGAUGAUGAUCAACAAGCAUGUGAUAAUAUGAUUGCUUUUAUUAGACAACAAGCAUGUUUAUAUAAUAAUGACGAUGAAAAAGUUCGAUCAAUAAUUGGAUUUGAUAGAAUUGAAUUAGCUAAUCAAUUAGAUUAUUUUGAACAAGAAGCUUUUAAAACAAAUGAAGAAAAUAAAACAUGCUUAUUUAAAAUGUUUCAAAAUUUAUUCAAUUUACAUCGUGAAUGUGCUUUUGAUGAAGUACUUGCUAGUGAACGACAAAUAACUGAAUCAUUCAAAUAUAGACCUUCUGUAUUAUUUAAUAUUGAAAAAAUUCAUUUUCCUAUAAAUUCUAUAAUAUCAUCUUUAUCUACACAUUCCGAUAUAAAACAUUCUGAAAAAAAUCAUUUAACAUUUGCUGCAACACCAACACCUCAAACAUCAUUACCAACUCCAAUUCGUUCUACAACUUUUAGUAAUCGAGCUGAUAUUGAAGCAUUUCAACAAAAGAAAAAUUCCAUUCCAUCAAAAACAAUGCAAAUAACAAAAUCACCUAUUGAUAGUAAUGAAAUUGAUUUAACACAACUUAUUCGAGAAACAUAUCCGAAUAAUACAUCUGAUCAAUUUAAAUUUUCAAAAAUCUCACAUAAUUGGCGACAACAACAAAAAUCAUCUGUGAUACAGUCAGAAAAAAUUUCUCAACGAUCAAUACAAUGUAACGAUGCUUUACUUAUUGGUGCUAAUAAACGAUUUGUUCUUCUUUAUAAUAUGAAUAUUCAAAAUAUACUUUAUAUAUUUGAUACACAAAAAAAUGAACCAAAAGAAAUUCAAUGGGAAGAAGGUGAUAUUCUAUCACUUGGUCAUGUUGAUAGUAAUUUAUUCUAUAUAAUAACUUCAACAAAAAUUUUUCUUUAUGAUAUAAUAAAAGAACAUAUUACUACACAAUAUUUUCUUUAUGAUACAUUAUAUAAAGAUUUAUUAUUAAUUAUGGAUGAUUCAUAUUAUCAAACUAUUUUAAAACGUAAUAAUCAAAUACAAUCAACUGUUUACGAUGAUUAUUGUUAUUAUUUAUAUACAAAUAAAGAAUAUAAUCAAAUAUUUAUUAAAUGUUUAUUAGAUAAUUUUUUUCAAGAAAAAAAUAUUAAUUUAACAAAAUUAUAUCCUGAUAUACAAUAUUUUAUUGGUUUUACUGUAACACCAAAAUCAUUAAUAACAUUUCUUAUAAAUGAUUCAAAUAUGUUUCAAUUAUUAGUUUGUGAUGAAAAUCAAAAUUAUAAUAUAAUUAAAAAAAUUCCAAUGAAUAAUUUAAUUGAUCCAACGAAAAUUAUUUCAACAUUUUUACCAAAAAUUAAAGUAUAUCCAUCAACAACAAAUAAAAAUAAAACAAUUAAAUAUGGCAAGCAAUUAUGGUUUAUUUUAGAUACAAAAAGAAAUUGUAUAGAUUGUGUUACACAUGAAAUUUAUGUAACUAAGAUUGAACCAUCAAAAAAUAAUCAAAUUCAAUCGAUAUCAAUAUUUGAUGAUAAACUUAUUUUAGCAUAUAAUGAAUUAUCUGUCGAAAUAAUUGAUCUUGACAAUUAUUGUUCUUUAUUUCAACUUUAG